AUGGUGGGCUCUGCCCUGGGAGGUAGCAGUGUUGGCAUGGCACCCAUCACACAUGCCCCAGUCCAUGGAGCCACAGGAAGUCCUCCAGGCCCCUCACCCACCAUGGGUGUAGUUGUCACAGGCCUGUCCAACAGGAGCACAGUGUCAGGGGGUGCCACAGAUGAAUCUCAUGCAAACAGAGAGUCCACAGAGCCCCCAAAAGUCUCAGAGAUGGGAUCCAGUACUGGACUUUUAACGUUGGAGACUCCAAGAGAAACUGGCUGCACAGAGACAGCCUCUGGUUCAGCCUCUACUCAGGCCACAAGCUUCAGCAAUCCAAGCGACUCUUUCCAUACAGGAAAAUCUUUUGCAGAAACAGAACACAGCCGAACACUGGCUCUGUCUUCGUCAGACCCAGUGUCCACCAGCAAAGUCACAGAGAUACCCCCCAUUUCCAUCAUGACCUACACAGGGGCUUCCACCAUCCCAGGGAUGCCUGAGGCCCAGAUGAGAACUGAACCCAGCUCAUUUGGGCUGCUUCUUACUACCAUGAAUAAGACUUUACCUUCCUUGGGAGGAGGCCCAAGUACACCUCUUCCAUCCAUGGCAGGGACCACAGAGAGCAGGACUGUCUCUCACAGCAUCUCUGAGCCCACAGACCCUGCCCACACCACUCCAGGACAGCUCACCAGUAACAAGGGGACUCUGGAGCCUCCUUGGACUGAUGGAAUGACCUCCUAUCACUCCCCCAGUAUGAGACAGGAGCUGGACUAUUCCACCACUCUCCCAAUCCCCUCUGCCUCCUUGGGCACCAUGACACUUGUUACCAUGACUGGGGAAGAGAGGACAGAUGCUCCAUCUCUACCUCCAGCCACAAAGGGGACCCUGUAUCCUGAGAAUGGGGAUGGGCUCCUGGCUUCUACUGAAGGCUUCCUCCCCACCACCAGCACAGAGAUCAGUCCAGAUGUGGCCUCCACAUCCACAUUCAUGGCUGAGCCAAGUUCUGCAGGCAGCCCUCAAAUAUCAGAGAGCAGCAAGGAUCCAUAUGGUUCCUUAUAUGCUCCUGAGAUCACAGUUGGCCAAGUCACAAGUCAAACUGGAGGGCCCAGCACUGACUCACCUGUGGAUACCACCUCAGGCCAUAGCUCAGGUGUUUCUACAACUAGUCUAGGAGCAGAGACCUCCUCCCAUCUGGUGACAGUGACCUUGGCUGAAGCGUUCCCUGACGGUGCCCCUGUGUCAAGCAGAGAUGAAGCUCCAAUUAGCCCAUGGUUUUCUACCCCAGCUGAAGCAGCCAGGAGGGUGUUAAGCACAGGGCUGAGUUGGCUCUGGACUCCAACUCCAGCAACCCCUGAAGCCUCCUCAGGGAGCCCCUUAAUGGUGGAUGGCAUAAGUUCAGCUGUCCCAGGUACUGAGGGAACAAAUCUGACUCCCAGUAGCAAAAUCAUGGACAUCUUACCGAUCUCUCCUACUUCUGCGCAACAUUCUGAGAGCCCAGUGUUGGGAAGAGGGGCUAGCCCAACUGCUUCAAUGACCACAUCUUUGCCGCUAAGAUCAACGUCUUCAGACACUGGUACUGGAGUGCCAGGUUCAUCUUCUACAGCUGUUAGCUCAUCUUGGGAGGGGAGUAGAGACCAUGAGGUGCUGUCUUCUGGCUCAGAGACCAACCCUAUUGUCUCCUUGACCACUUCAAUCGUAGAAGAUUCAACCAGAGAUAUCUCAGCUCCUGUGACUGGAGAGGUCAGUAUAGGGAGAUUGAGUCAAGAGCCCAGUACCAGCCUGGGAGAGAUCCCAGCCUCCUCAGAGGACACAGCACCCACGGGGAUGAGCCCUAUUUCUCAGCAGGUAUCUCCUGCUAGGAGCACAGAGCUCUCUCCAGGUGUCACACCUGUUGCUGGCCCAUCAAUUCUGCCAGCCAGUGACCUGCCCACCAAAUCCGCAUUAAGCCCUGGCACACUAGAAGAAGCCAGGUCAGCUUCCGCUCCUUCUCCAGGCACGUGGCUCAGCCCUUCAUCCAUUUCUCCCAUGUCCACAUCAGAGAACAAUGGAGCUUCUCCUCCCAGGACCACUUCUUCAAGCCCCACAGAGCUCAUGCCAGAUGUCUCGACGUCUGUUCCAGCCAGCGAUUCAAAUAAUGUCGUAUCCACCUUCUCAGAGAAGACCAGCAUGGAAACUGAUUCCAGUUCAGCUGCCCCUCCGCGCAGCAGACUGCCAGGCUUCAUUGGCUCAGUUACUGUGACAGGGGCCCCAUGGUCUGCAGAGGAGACCAUCCCCCAGGGCCCACAGCUGGCCACAACAUCAGGGAGUGGCCUCACCCUCAGCCCUCCCCUGACAGAGACUCCACUUUCCAUCACCACAGAUGCUGGCUCAUGGACAACUUCAUCCACCUCUGUGAGCAGCCAAGCAAUGGCAGCAGACACCAGCAUUCCUAUGCUGCUGGGCAGCACCUCUGCUGGGGCCACCAGCCUUGCGUCCAUCCCUUCCUCAGAGGCAGGUUCUCCAGGGCUGUCAAGACCCAGCCCAGACUCCUCUGCUCUGUUCAUCCAAUCGUCAGCCUGGACAAGCACCUCUGCCCCAGGGAUGGCCCCAUCCUCUGGGUCCACUUUGUUCUUUCCCACCACCACCGGGUCGGAGGAGAGCACAGAAGAUAGAGCAACAGGACCAUUCGCACCGUCUUCAAUGGACGUGGAGAGCUCGUGGACAUCUGCCCCUUCCCACUCAGGGAGCACGCUCCAAGCAGACCUCACUUCCUCGGGUAUCAGCCAGAGCCUUGGUCCCAGCAGCCAGAGCGUAGACUUACCCUCACAGGAAGGUACCGGGUCCCCAGCCAGUGAGUCCAAAGUGCCCACCACCACUGUCACUGCUUCAGACACAGGCCUGUCGAGCGGGAGCCCAAUGGCAGCAGGUCCCAGGGAUCCAUCCCCUGCCAGCAGAGAGGCCACGGAGCCCACCAGCCUGCCUGUGGUUGCCUCCACCAUGGGAACCUCCACUUUCAGGAGAGCAGCAGUGAGCAUCCCCCUACACACAGCUCCUGGCUCAGCCCCUGCUCAGUCCACCAGCCUCCCUGUGGGCUCUGCUUCAGGGAGCCAAGGUCUGGAGACACCUAUGACAACCAUGUCCUCUGUGGCAGGAGCCCGCACUUCCACUGACUCUUCUGCUGGCGUGACCACGGCCACUGGCUCCCUCCCGCUUGCUGCUACUUCAGCUGAGGUCCAGGAGGGUCCAGGCUCCAGUGCUCCCUUAGACUCCAACUCACUAGGGGCAAUUUCCUCCACGGCCACCCCUAGUGCAGCCCUGACCACAGGGAGGGACCCUGACACCAAGCCUGCGGAGACUCCUGCCGGUGACUCCUUCCAUACCAGGAUCUCUGCUUCAGGGCCGACAAGCAGCCAGACCCUCGCUCUGUCUUCAGCUGACCCAGGCUCAACUAGCAAAGUGACAGAGACGCCCCCCAUUUCCAUCAUUACCCACACAGUGGCUUCUACCACCUUAGAAAAGUCAGAGGCCCAGACAGGAACUGAGCCCAGCUCAUCUGGGCUGCCUCUGACUAGCCUGAGCAAGACCUUCUCCCCCGAGGAAGGAGGAACAGCCACAGCCAUGCCAUCCACGGAAAGGAGCACAGGGCCCGUGACUCUGGCACCACCUCCACUCUGUCCACAAACAUCUCUUUGGCUGGUGGCAUCGCCGUCCCAUGGAGGGACUCUCUGGCGUCCUCAGCCACUGUCGGUGCUUCGGCUUAGAAUCAACGAGAGUCUGGUGCCUACCUGGAGUAUUCCUUCUUCAGCAUCACCUGUAAGCACCCCAGGACCAGAGAGCGGUCCUCUGCUGUCCAUGCCCACCAUCAGCACUGCAGGCAUUGAUGAUACUGUGGCAACGGUCACCCACAUUCCAGACCAGGGAGUAUAUGGGCGCCCACGGGCAUCUACAAGUGAUUCUCAGGCAUCCGGGUCCACCGUCGGUCCCAUGGGCAAAGAGGCUGAUGUGGUGCCCAUCACACAAAUCCCAGACCGAGGAGCACCAAGAGGCCCUGCAGCAUUGACAAUUGGUCCUCCAGAAUGCAUAGACACCCUCUGUCCUACAGAUGGUUUGGGGUCUGUCACCCAUAUUCCUGACCAUGGAGUGCCAGGAGGUACUGCAACCCUGACAAGUGGACCCCUGGCACCUGUGUCCACUGUCAGUGCCCCAGGUAGUGAGGUUGGUGUAGUGCCUGUCACACAUGGCCCAGGCCAUGGAGCACCAGGAGGCAUGGCAGUACUGACUAAUGGGCCCCUGACACCUGACUCCACUGUUGGACCUAUGGGUGCACUUCAGCCAACUGCUAUGGUCACAGGAUUCCCCACCAGAAGCACAGUGACAUUGGACAAUAUGAGUGGAUCCAACCUGCAAAGAGACUCAGCAGAGCCCACCAGCAUGCUUAUGACUGUCUCUACUGUGAGAGAUUCCAUUUUAGGCACUGCAACAGAGACUCUGGAGACUCUGCCAGGUACAACAACCACUCAGACCCCCCUCCUCACUGUAACAAGUGGACUUAGGCCUGAGAUACACAGUAGAGCCAUGUUCUCUCCCGUAGAAGCCUCAACUCCACCUGAAACAUCUUCUGGAGUCACCAUGGGCAUGGCAAGCCCCACAUUCUCCGUGACUCUAGCAGAGCCCACAGCCAGCACAGGCUCCAGUGGUCCCUUAAAGAUCAGCCCAGCUGGGACAAUUUCUUCUACAUUCCCUGCAGACACAUCUGUAUCAGAAACAUCCCUUAGGGAGAGUCCCAGCACCACCCUGACUCCAUGGCCCACUCCAAUUGAUUCUUUUCAUACCGCUGUCUCAGCUUCAGGAAUGGGAAUCACCUCCAUUUUGCCUCUAUCCUCAACUCCUACAGCCAUCAAUGCUACAGAAACCAGGCCAAGCCCAGACCUGCCUUUGAGAGAGACCACACCAGAGAAGCAGGAUGCUCAGACAGGAAUGGAGCCAGGCUCAGCUGCCCUGUCCUCCACUGCUGCUCCCAGCAUCAUCCCAACAUCUGCUGGAGGAGACACAAACACUUUGUUGGUGUCUACAGAAGGACCAUCAGAAGGUCCAACUGUUUCCAGCACCUUCCUAGAGAACACAGACACCUCCAGAAGCACUUACAGAGAAUACAUGUACUCCUCAAGCACAGGAGUAACUCUCUGGCCUGACAUGGCUUCCACGUCUUCUCUGCCCAGCCUAACUGAAGGAACCAGCUACUCCAGGACUGUCCCCUCGACCUCUUUGGUGAGCAUGACAGGCAUUGGCAUAACUGGAGCUCAGACAAGCACAGCUCUACCUCCUACCCCAGGGCCCACAGAGUCCACACCUCCGAAGGGGGGCACUCCCUCUGUCACAUCAGUGACUGAAUUCAGAACCAGGGACAGUGAAAAGUUACAGAGCAGUUUGGCCUCCACCAGCCCCCCAGUGCAGGAGACCAGCAGACCAGGUAGCCCUACAGCAUCAGAUACAAGUACACUCAGCCCAGGGAAGUUUCGUCCUGCUGAGAGCACGGCUAACCUUGUGUCAAGUCCUGUGGGAGAAUCCAGCCCAGAGCCAGCUGUCUACACCACUCCAUCCCACACCCCAAGUGCUACAAAGACCAGGCCUGGAGGACAAACAGACUUGUCCUUCGUGUUGAUCACAUCAGCACCUGUUUUCUCCAUCACCAGUACCUCUGGGGCUCUGCCUGGAAUAAGAACAGAGGUUUCCCAGUCCUUGACCUCAGCUGAAGCCACAGAUCUCACCACGAUUGGUACAAAUACUAUGUCUACUUUGCCACAGGACUUCUCUUCUUUGUCUCCAGUUCCCUUAUCAGAGGUUACUUACAAAGCCAAGGUCAUGAACUCUAAUGUUCCUGGGACUGAAAGCUUAAGUGUCAUCCUCAGCAGCAAGGUCACAGACAUGACCUUUCUUUAUCCUAAGACCACUCCCAACCAAGAGCUUCUGGGUACAGAGGGAGAGAGGAGCACAGGUGCUUCACCAAUCACUUCUUCACCUGGACUUCCUAUGUCCUCAGCCACUAUUAUGGGAGGGGUACCAAAUACAUCAGGUACCACUACUGGCUCAACUCCCCAGGUGACUGUACCUUAUGGAGUCCCAAAUGAAGACUCAGAGAGGACCUCAGGUCUCCCAUUGGCCACAGAGGGCAUAGUCAAUACUGUCACAGCCAAGAUGACUGGCGACAUCUCCAUGGCUCCUGCAGAGCACAGCACAGAAGCUCAAGUGAGCUCAGCCCUACUUCUGACCACCAGCACGAGCUCCAUGGCUUUCCCUGGACAAAGCACAAUUUUCCCCUCAUCUAGCACCACUGAAGCCAGGCCUCUCACCAUCACUGAGACAGAAACCACCCAUACAAGAGCUCUCUCUUCUUCAACUCCUGUAACCUCAUCUGGAGUUACACCCUUCACUGAGAACAUGAGCUCAACUUCCCCCAGGACUGGUGCCACAAGUCUCAUCUUCAGCACUAAAAUCAUGGAGAUUGUCCCUCUUUCUCCUGUGGUCACUCUUAGCCCUGAGUUCCCAAGUACCGGGGCAGAGAAAAGCACAAAUGCCCCACUGACCACCACUUCUACUAAAGCUCCACCAUUCUCAGACACUUAUCCUGGAGGUCCAUUGGUCACCUCUGCUGGCUCAACUUCCAUGGGGACUACUGCUCACAGUGUUGCAGGUGCAGACUUAGAGGAGGGCUCAGAGCUUCCUCUGACCACCUUAACCACAGAGACCACAGAAAGUACUGGUACAGGCAGGGUGAUAGAAGGUAUCACCUCAGCUCCUCCAGGGCUCAAUAGGGCUGAUGUGAGCUCAGCCAUUCCUCCUGCUACAAAUCCAGCAGAGAUUCCAAAAAGUUCUGAGGCUGUGACUCCCAGAGAUAUAAGCCCUUCCUCCUUGUGGCCAGGGGUAACCACAGUGACUCCUGUUCACACUGGAUCACAUUCAAGUCUGGCUGUUGUGACCCAGGCUGAACUAUCCAGAACUCAAAGACCAUUGAUUAUUACCAAAGUUUCACAGGAGAGUGACACAGAAUUCCCAUUGUCUUCUACUGCAACUGAGGCCACUAAAACAGUGACCAUAACAGAUUCCACUCUGAUCUUGGGGCUGGAGGGUAACCAGGCUUCCAAAGGUGCUAUUUCAGUGACAGAGGCCAGCAGGACCUAUCCCACCUUGUUUUCUCCUUCAGAAAGCCCCAUGACACAUGACACUAGUCCUGAGAGGGAAACUAGCACAGGUCAGGCCCCGUCCACUUGGCCAACUGAGAAGUUACCUGAAACAGGCACCAGCUCAGUGACUUUUGUUUCCAAAAUGCUUUCUGAAGUCACUGCUUCAGCACCACAGACAAGUAUACAAGGGUUUGAAAGUCAAAGCUUUUCUACCCUGCAGGAUAAAACUGCCCUAGCUGGGACCUUCAUCUCCCCACUGUCAAAGGUCACAGCUUCUAUGAGCAGAGAUGUGGAAACUAUGUCAAAUUUAGUUCCUUCAGCAGCCAGCCCCUCAUCACAGGCAGAAACAAGUCCUCCCAAUCUGGUCGACACCACAGUAAAUGAGCCCUCCCAGGGAACAGGAACUCACAGUGCCAUCCAUGAACCUCCAAGCCCAAGUCUUGGCCUCUCUCCUGCCUCAACUACUCCAAUGGCCUGGACAAGCACAGGUUCCCCUGGGACAACUCCCUCCUUGGAGGACUCAGGGUCAGCCAGCCUGACCACAGAGUCCGUGAGGAGCUCCAGGGAAACACCAACUCUAGAUAUCACUCUGCCUCUAGCCAGAACACAGGAAGUCUGGACAUCAGCAUCUCCCAGCCCAAUUCCCAUGGCCACAGAAGGCAGCAGUGCCAGGGCAGGUACAGCCUCUGUUUCUGCUCAAGCACCUUCCACUUCCACCCUGUUCACAAGUGGUGAUGCUGGUGGGUUGCAGGUCACACAUGCCCCAGGCCAUGGAGCACCAGGAAGUACAGCAGCUCUGACAAGGGGCCCCUUGAUACCUAGGUUCACUGGUAUUCCUACAGGUGGUGAGACUGGUGUGGUGGCCAUCACACACAUGCCAGGCCAAGGAGCCACAGGAGUCACUGCAAGUGACUCCCUGGUGGCUUCGUCUUCUGGCAGUCCCACAAAUAUAUCCCUGCCAAAUGCUCUGGUCACAGGAUUCUCCACCAGGAGCACAAUAGCAGGAAGGACCACGGUUAUAUCGGACAUGACAAAGGAAUCACUGGAACCUGGCACCACCAGUGUUCCCAUGACUGGCUCCACUAUGAGAGAUUCCAUUCCAAUCACUGCAACAGCAGAGAUAGUCACCGUGGAGACAACUCCAGCCGUGAAAGCCAGCCUGAGGCCUUUCACACUGAACUUCACCAUCACCAACCUCCAGUAUUCAGCAGACAUGGGACGUCAGGACUCACACAAGUUCAAUAUCACAGAUGCCGUCAUGCAGCAUCUGCUUGGCCACUUGUUCAAAAACAGCAGCAUUGGCUCCCUGUACUUUGGAUGCAAGGUGCUUAAACUCAGACCUAUGAAGAAAGGAUCACAGACAGGUGUGAGUGCCCUCUGCACCUACCACCAGUUCCCCAGUAGCAUUGUUCUGGAUGCCAAGCAGGUUUUCCAUGAACUGAGUAACCAGACUCAUGGCCUGCGGAAAUUGGGCCUCUACUACCUGGACAAGGACAGUUUCUACCUCAAUGGUUAUAAUGAACGUGGUCCAGUCCUACCCAGUGUUGUUCCAGGUCCAGCCACAACAGUUGCAUUUAAGCCUACCCUGGUGCCCACAGGGCCUGGAGGCUCCAAAGCUUUGGAUGCAUCCACUGUAUCAUCAUUUACAACUCCCGAGGCAUACCUAGAGCCUGGAGCCUCCACAGUUCAACCCUUGUUCAAGCAAAGCAGCAUUGGUUCCUCCUAUGGUGACUGCAAAGUGAUUGCUCUGAGAUCUAUGAAGCGUGGCUCAGCAACUGCAGUGGAUGCUUUGUGCAGCCAUCGAUGGGAGCCAAACCAUUCCCCUCUAGAUAGAGAAAAGGUUUAUUGGGAGCUGAGCAACCAGACCCAAGGCCUCACCAGACUGGGCCCCUAUACUCUGGACAAGAAUAAUUUCUACCUCGAUGGUUAUAAUGAAUACCAGCCCAAGGAACACAUAACCACUUUGGAUGCAUCCACUGUAUCAUCAUUUACAACUCCCGAGGCAUACCCAGAGCCUGGAGCCUCCACAGCUCCUGUGAGAGGCUCUUUCCCUGCAGACACCUCUUCUGCUCCCUCACCAUUCUCCACUACCCCAGCUGGUGGCCACAACCUGAAACUUUUCAGCCUGAACUUCAGCAUCACCAACCUAUUGUUCACAGAAGACAUGGGUCACCCAGGCUCUGGCAUUUUCAAUUCCACCGAGAGAACGGUGCAGCGUAUGUUCAACCCCUUGUUCAAGCAAAGCAGCAUUGGUUCCUCCUAUGGUGACUGCAAAGUGAUUGCUCUGAGAUCUAUGAAGCGUGGCUCAGCAACUGCAGUGGAUGCUUUGUGCAGCCAUCGAUGGGAGCCAAACCAUUCCCCUCUAGAUAGAGAAAAGGUUUAUUGGGAGCUGAGCAACCAGACCCAAGGCCUCACCAGACUGGGCCCCUAUACUCUGGACAAGAAUAAUUUCUACCUCGAUGGUUAUAAUGAAUACCAGCCCAAGGAACACAUAACCACUUUGGAUGCAUCCACUGUAUCAUCAUUUACAACUCCCGAGGCAUACCCAGAGCCUGGAGCCUCCACAGCUCCUGUGAGAGGCUCUUUCCCUGCAGACACCUCUUCUGCUCCCUCACCAUUCUCCACUACCCCAGCUGGUGGCCACAACCUGAAACUUUUCAGCCUGAACUUCAGCAUCACCAACCUAUUGUUCACAGAAGACAUGGGUCACCCAGGCUCUGGCAUUUUCAAUUCCACCGAGAGAACGGUGCAGCGUAUGUUCAACCCCUUGUUCAAGCAAAGCAGCAUUGGUUCCUCCUAUGGUGACUGCAAAGUGAUUGCUCUGAGAUCUAUGAAGCGUGGCUCAGCAACUGCAGUGGAUGCUUUGUGCAGCCAUCGAUGGGAGCCAAACCAUUCCCCUCUAGAUAGAGAAAAGGUUUAUUGGGAGCUGAGCAACCAGACCCAAGGCCUCACCAGACUGGGCCCCUAUACUCUGGACAAGAAUAAUUUCUACCUCGAUGGUUAUAAUGAAUACCAGCCCAAGGAACACAUAACCACUUUGGAUGCAUCCACUGUAUCAUCAUUUACAACUCCCGAGGCAUACCCAGAGCCUGGAGCCUCCACAGCUCCUGUGAGAGGCUCUUUCCCUGCAGACACCUCUUCUGCUCCCUCACCAUUCUCCACUACCCCAGCUGGUGGCCACAACCUGAAACUUUUCAGCCUGAACUUCAGCAUCACCAACCUAUUGUUCACAGAAGACAUGGGUCACCCAGGCUCUGGCAUUUUCAAUUCCACCGAGAGAACGGUGCAGCGUAUGUUCAACCCCUUGUUCAAGCAAAGCAGCAUUGGUUCCUCCUAUGGUGACUGCAAAGUGAUUGCUCUGAGAUCUAUGAAGCGUGGCUCAGCAACUGCAGUGGAUGCUUUGUGCAGCCAUCGAUGGGAGCCAAACCAUUCCCCUCUAGAUAGAGAAAAGGUUUAUUGGGAGCUGAGCAACCAGACCCAAGGCCUCACCAGACUGGGCCCCUAUACUCUGGACAAGAAUAAUUUCUACCUCGAUGGUUAUAAUGAAUACCAGCCCAAGGAACACAUAACCACUUUGGAUGCAUCCACUGUAUCAUCAUUUACAACUCCCGAGGCAUACCCAGAGCCUGGAGCCUCCACAGCUCCUGUGAGAGGCUCUUUCCCUGCAGACACCUCUUCUGCUCCCUCACCAUUCUCCACUACCCCAGCUGGUGGCCACAACCUGAAACUUUUCAGCCUGAACUUCAGCAUCACCAACCUAUUGUUCACAGAAGACAUGGGUCACCCAGGCUCUGGCAUUUUCAAUUCCACCGAGAGAACGGUGCAGCGUAUGUUCAACCCCUUGUUCAAGCAAAGCAGCAUUGGUUCCUCCUAUGGUGACUGCAAAGUGAUUGCUCUGAGAUCUAUGAAGCGUGGCUCAGCAACUGCAGUGGAUGCUUUGUGCAGCCAUCGAUGGGAGCCAAACCAUUCCCCUCUAGAUAGAGAAAAGGUUUAUUGGGAGCUGAGCAACCAGACCCAAGGCCUCACCAGACUGGGCCCCUAUACUCUGGACAAGAAUAAUUUCUACCUCGAUGGUUAUAAUGAAUACCAGCCCAAGGAACACAUAACCACUUUGGAUGCAUCCACUGUAUCAUCAUUUACAACUCCCGAGGCAUACCCAGAGCCUGGAGCCUCCACAGCUGAUGGCCGUACCAUGGAACCUUUUACCCUAAACUUCACUAUCAUCAACAUGUCCUACAGAGAAGACAAGCAGGACCCUGGCUCUCUCUUUUUUGGCUCUGUAGAAAGUAGCAUGCAGCAGCUGCUCAAUCCAUUGUUCAUGAAAAGCAGCAUUGGUUCCUUCUACUCUGGAUGCAAACUAAUUUCACUGAGACCAAUGAAGGGUGGCAAGGCAAUUGGAGUGAAUAUUGUAUGCACCCAUUGGCAAGAUCCUGCCAGGCCCUUCCUGGACAGAGAGAAGGUUUACUGGGAGCUGAGCAACCAGACUUAUGGCAUCACCAGGCUGGGACCCUAUAAGUUGGACAAGGACAGCCUCUACCUCAAUGGUUAUAAUGAGCGCAGUCUAGCCCAAACCAUGACAAACAAUGCGUCAACAUUUGCAACUCUCCAUGGCUCCACACGAAAGGGAACCUCCACAGCUCCUGUGCAGACCACACAUGAGCCAUCAUGGCUCCAUUCUCUGGCUCCACUAUCAUUCUCCAGCACUACAGCUGAUGGCCAGAGCCUGGAGUCCUUCACACUGAACUUCACCCUCACUAACCUAAUGUACACAGAAGACAUGGGGCGCCCUGGGUCCAUCAAAUUCAACCGAACAGAGAUAAUCCUGCAGAACCUGCUCAGUUGCUUGUUCAAGAGAAGCAGCAUUGGCAACUUCUACACCGGGUGCAAAGUGGCCUCCCUGAGACCAAAGAAAGAUGGCUUAGCAACAGCUGUGGAUGCCGUGUGCACUCAUUGGAGAGACCCUACUAAAUCAAUUCCAGACAGAGAGACAGUCUACUGGGAAGUGAGCAACCAGACACGUGGCAUCAGCAGGCUGGGCCCAUACACCCUGGAUAAGAACAGUCUCUACCUCAAUGGUUACAACGAACAAAAUCUGUCCCAACCGGGUACCACUCCUGGCCUAACCACCAUACCACCACCUGCAAUCCCUCUGGGACCCACAGGACCUGGAUACUGGACAGCCAAUGACCCCAGACUGCAACAUUUUACCUUGAACUUCACCAUCACUAAUCUACGCUACACUGCAGAUAUGGGACACCCAGGUUCUACCACAUUUAACGACACAGGAGGGGCCCUCCAGCGACUGCUGGACCCCUUGUUCAGAAAUAGCAGCAUUGGCUUAUAUUACACUGGAUGUGGACUGAUCUCUCUGAGACCUGAGAAGGAUGGGCUAACAAGUAGAGUGGAUGCUCUAUGUAUCUGGCAGAAAGGCCCCACGAGCCCAGUGCUCGACAGAGAGAGGAUUUACAUGGAAUUGAGCAACCAGACUCAUGGCCUCACUAAGCUGGGACCUUAUACAUUGGAAAAAGCCAGCCUCUGCCUCAACGGCUAUUCAUCCCAGAGUACCCCUGGAGAAGGGGAAUACCAGAUUGACUUCAGGAUUAUCAACCACAACCUUAGCAACCCUGACCCUACAUCCCUGGAGUACCAAGCACUGCACAGAGACAUCCGGGACAAGAUGACACAGCUGUAUGCAGGCAGCCAGCUCCAGGACAGAUUCCGCUACUGCCUCAUCACAGGCCUCAGGAUGGGCUCUGUGUAUGUCACCUGCAACUGCAGCUUCUCCUCCAACCUGGAUCCUGACACCAUCGCACAAGUGUUUCUGGACAGGACCCAGGAUGCUACAGCCCACUGGCUUGGGGACUCCUACAAGCUGGAUAACCUCCAAGUGACAAAACUGGAACCAGCCGCCCCACUGUCUACAGCUAAGCCACUGAUUGACCCUAGGCCCCGACACUUCCAAUUGAACUUCACCGUCACCAGCGUGCUCUAUUCCCUGGACUUGUCACACCCUGACUCAGCCAAGUAUCAAGAGAACAAAAAUGGCAUUGAAGAUGCGCUGACCCAGCUCUUCAGAAACAGCAGUAUCAAGAGCUAUUUCUCUGACUGUCAUGUGCAGACCUUUAGGCUUGCCUCUCCCAGACACCUCACAGGAGUGGACUGUUUAUGUGACUUCACAUCAGCCGCUCAGGCCCGGAACUUUGACAGGGCCGCUAUGUACGAAGAGUUCCUCAGACUGACCCACAAUGGCACUCGGCUACAGAACUUCACCCUGGAUCAGAACAUAUCCUGGUGGAUGGCUAUUCUAUCAAGAAAAUAG